GUCGAAAACAAACCGCCCUUACGGUGAUUAUGCGUGCGCCGCAAACGUUGAGAUGUUCUGCCAUUGGGGAGCUCACCCAUGUAUUUUACUCUUUUUGACACGGGAAAAGUAGAGGAUUAUCUGCAGGAUCACAAUUUCUUUUUAAUGGAUUCCCAACACGAGAGACACUGCCCCGAGUUGGUGGCCCGCGAGCGAAGCGGCCACACGGCUUUGGUUGAAGACAACCUGCUGUAUGUUUGGGGGGGCUAUGUGUCAAUUGCUGAUGAUGAGGUUUUCCUCCCCAAUAAUGAAAUCUGGGUAUAUGACUUAGAGCAAGGUGUAUGGGAAAUGUUCAGCAUGACAGGGGAUGUUCCACCCUCUAUGUCCGGCACCUGUAGUUGCUCUCUGAAUGGCCGCAUGUACAUAUUUGGAGGUUGUGAUGACAGUGGACAGACCAAUCAGCUUUACUAUGUUGAUCUCAUGGAUGGUAAAUAUGCUUGGCGGAAAGUAACACAUGAGACUGGUUCUCUGCCCUCACCCCGAGACAAGCUGUCCUGCUGGGUUUAUAAUGCCAGGAUCAUCUACUUUGGAGGAUAUGGUCACAAACUACUGAGUGACAGCAACGACAGGGAUAGAAGCUUCAUUGUGGACGAGGCAUCAUGGGUAGAAAAUGUCUUCUGGGGAUGGAACAAUGAGGUCCAUAUCUUUGACCCCACACAGGCAAGCUGGAGGGAACCUCAAACCCAUGGUCGUGCUCCAGCCCCUAGGGCAGCCCAUGCCAGUGCCACGUUAGGUUGUAAAGGUUAUGUUUGUGGAGGCAGAGUCAUGGAAACCAGGACGAGCGACAUUCACUGUCUAGAUCUUGACACAUGGACAUGGUCAGAAAUAAUUCCGGUUUCCACCUCUCCAGUGGGCCGAUCAUGGCAUACCCUCACAGCUGUAUCAGAUAGCGGCCUGUUCCUGUUUGGUGGACUGAGUGUAGACUGCAAACCAAUGAGUGAUGGUUGGUUUCUUGAUGUUGAAACAAAGAAAUGGAGGGAAGUGGAGCAUCCCUAUAAGAACAAGCCAAGGUUGUGGCACACAGCUUGUCUGGGGAAAGACUCCGAUGUCAUUGUGUUCGGUGGAAGCUGCGACUACAUCCUCCUUGUUGACACUGGUCACUGCAAUGAUGCACUCGUUUUCCAAAUGCAGCCGUAUCCUCUGUUCAGGAUUUGCCAGGAUUGUAUUGCAAAGAAUGUGAACACUAGCAAGAUGCUGAGAAACCAGCUGCCUUUUCUGCCACCCAAACUACUGCAAGCGGUGCAGAGGAGAAUGACUUUCUAUAGGCCUUCUAAAAAGAAUCAAGAUUAGUUUGAAGCACUUUGUAAAUGCUUUACAAUGCAACUUUUUAUUUAAGUACUGUACUCCAUUCUUCCUUGAGCACCUGGUUGGAGGAAGCAAUCUUACUUUAAAAGACAUUGUAUAAAUGUGUUUUAUAUGUUUAUAUAUUUUAUUAAUUUAUUGUUUUACAUUUAAUACAAUACUGUAUACUCAAGCUAUUGAACAAAUAUUAAUUCGAAAUACUGUGAAGAUUAAAUAGCACAUUUAAAAAGGUCUUCUUUGUGAUCUAUUUUAUCUGACCAACAUGCAUCUCGAGUAACACCUUGUGUUCAGUGACUGGAAAUUAAUAUUGCCGUAGUUGCACUUAUACACACACACACACACACACACACACCUCCUUGCAAAAACUAACUUGUAAAAUGGUAGGCUGGUUGUCCAUUUAACUUCAUUGAAAAGUAAAAAAAAAAAAUCACUCUUUAGUUAAGAUUUGAAAUGUACUGUAUAACUGAAUCAAACAAUUACACUGUGUGGUUUGUGUGUGUUUGUGCACGAGCACGAAUGUACACGUCAAUAUUCACAGUGUUUGUAUUAUGCCAGUAGGUGGCACCAUCAGAGCUGCUGCCAAAGUUGAAAGAAGGGGCCUCGCUGAGCCCAACCUAAAUAAUUUCUAUGGCCACAAAUUCCUUCUGAGGAAGGGUGGAGAAGUGCAGGAACUGUGGUCAGGAAAUGAACCUUAAAUACACAAUUCCUGCUCAGUCCUUGCCCAGAACUACCAAAUUAAUUUUAAAAAAAAAGAAGAAAAACUGCUUGCACAUUGUGGAAUGUUUUAUAGGAAUAUAAAUAAGACAUGUAUGUGUGGCUUUCAGUGGAAAACUAUGUUUGACAUUUUGACAGGAAAGAGAAAUAUCUUAGCAACUUCAUUCAGUCACCAAUUAACCAACAACUGACAGUAAUGUAACUAAUAGGUUACAAGGUAAGUGAGUCAGUGCAUACUUGCUGGAGAUCAGUAACAGGAAUCUCAGGGUGACACUUAAACAUUUUCAGGGGUACAAAACCAAGGAGGCCUCAAUAAGAUAACCUUUUACAAAGAGUCCCCCGGGCAAUGUCUUCAUGUUGCUGUUAUACCUGUGCAAUUACAUUGUUUUGCUGUGUUAAAUAAAAAUUAGGUAAAUGAAAAGGACCCCAGGGCUCAGACGUUAUGGUUAUGUUGCACAAUCUGGAGGAAAACCCUGAUUACAAACAUCCAUCCAUCCAUCCAUUAUCCAAGCCACUUAUCCUAGUCGGGGUCACGGGAUGCUGGAGCCUAUCCCGGCAGUCAUUGGGCGGCAGGCGGCAAGACACCCUGGACAGGCUGCCAGGCCAUCACAGGGCCCACACACACACACACACACACACACACACACACAC